GACUUGGCUUGGGCAGGUUUCUUGCAUAUGAUAGUCAUGGUGUAAUUUUGGGUCCCAGGACACUGCAUUUAACGCGUGAUUCACCAAAUCUUUUGACCGAACAAUUAUUGUCAGAAUCUCAAGAUGAAAAUGAAAUCUUUUUUGAUCGUGAUCCGGAUGUAUUCGAGUUUAUAGCAAAAUAUCUUAGAGGAUAUAACAUCUUUCCAUUAACAAAAGAAGAUUUACCUGUGGGUUGGAAUCUGCUUAAUUUUAUACAAUGCUUAACGCAAGAUGCGUGUUUUUUCAAACUUAGAGGACUUUUCAUUUCCAUUCGUCCAUUUUAUUACUUUGGUAUGAGCCCCUCUGCCAUAGACAUUUUUUCUCGUGAAGAAAAGAUAGUUGUCAAUUUGCAAAAAGUCGAUCCCACCAACUUUCAUAUUGAAAAUGAUAAUGUCAUGCACAUUGUUCAAGGUCAACCCGUUAAAGCAGAAUUUUUUACUGGGAAUUUGGCUUGUGAUUUGAUUUCAGAUAAUAAUUGGGAAUUUAAAUUUCUCAAUAACUUGGAUAAUGUGAUGGUUAAGAGAAUCUCCAAAGAGAUUCGACCUCAGGCUAAUCCAGAUGUUGAAUAUUAUCCUGGUGAAUCGGAUGGGGCUUUUUUUUCCAUUGAUGAUAUUGAGAUGAAUGGAAGUAAUGUUUAUGAUCAUACUGUGGAAAGAUCUUUUCCGCUUCAACAAACGAAUCGACCUUUUUCUUGUGUAAGAAUAUGGUUAAAAAAGUUGGUGUUUUCGUUUCGAAUACCAAGUGAUCCGGAUAAGCCACUGAUCAUAGUGCCUAUAUGGGGUAUCGGGCUUACACAAAUUUAUCACAAGUCUUUGAA